AAAUUAUAACAUUCUAAUAAAUUAUUAACCACUUUUAAAGCACCGAUGUCUAUCGGUUAUUGAUUCAUGCAAGCAUAUAUUAUAAGUGGGCUCUGCCGAACAUGCCAUGCCACACAUAUUUAUCUAUAUUGUUAUGCUCACUACAUAAAGCUAUCUUAUUUCACGUGCCUCCAAUUAAUUUGAGUGGCUGAACUCACCUAAUUAUUUACACAGUAUUUAUAAAAUUAGUCAUCAUUUUAUUUUACUUUUUUUUUAAAAAAAAGAAAUAAAAAAAGUACUGAUACAAAUCAUUAAUGGCGCUGUAUUUUUUCAACCUAAAUAUAUGUGACUCUCAUCUUCCUAUCUCUUCAUCCCUAAUUCCAAAUUCGGAACUAUUGAAUGCCCAAUAAUACUAAUAUGGAGGAAUUGAAGCCAAGGUUUGCGAAUUCAUGUCCAUUGACCCCACUAGGAUUCCUGGAAAGAGCUUCAAUCGUCUACGGCGACUCCAUUUCCGUUGUCUACAACGACCUAUCCUACACAUGGUCACAAACCCACACCCGUUGUCUCCGUGUGGCUUCAUGUAUCGAAUCAUUCCUCGGCGUCAAAAAAGGUCAAGUCGUUUCAGUCGUCGCACCAAAUAUUCCACCAAUGUACGAGCUCAACUUUGCAGUCCCUAUGGCUGGAGUAAUCCUCAACAACAUCAACACUAGACUUAACGCCGUUACUAUCUCUGUCAUGCUCCGUCACAGCGAGUCCAAACUCGUCUUCGUAGACCAACUUUCCGUCCGUCUCGUCCUUGACGCCGUCAAUUUGUUCCCGAAAAACACGCCAACUCCUCUUCUCGUUCUCAUAACCGAUGAAAGUAUUACGGACCAAACGAGUUUAACGGACGUUAAAGAUCUUGAACGUUUCGUUUGCUGUUACGAAGAGUUAGUUGAGAAAGGUAGUGAAAACUUCAAGUGGGUCCGACCAGUCAACGAGUGGGAUCCAAUUGUGUUGAAUUACACUUCUGGAACGACUUCGUCUCCCAAAGGAGUCGUUCACAGUCACAGAGGCGUUUUUGUCGUGACUCUUGACUCGCUCAUCGAUUGGGGCGUUCCUAAACAGCCAGUUUAUCUAUGGACACUCCCUAUGUUCCAUGCUAACGGCUGGGGCUACACUUGGGGCACCGCCGCCGUUGGUGCAACCAACGUAUGUCUCCGAAGAUUCGACGGUGAGAUCAUCUUCAACUUAAUCCGACGGCACAGAGUGACACACAUGUGCGCGGCACCAAUCGUACUAAACAUGCUAUCAAACUCACCCAAUGCCGGGCCUCUUCCCAACCCUGUUCACGUCAUGACCGGCGGAGCGCCGCCGCCUGCGGCGGUGCUCUUAAGAACUGAGUCUUUAGGGUUUGUUAUCAGUCACGGUUAUGGAAUGACGGAAAUGUUGGGAGUGGUUGUUUCUUGCGCUUGGAAGAAGGAGUGGAAUAUGUUUCCGGCAACAGAGCGUGCUCGGUUGAAGUCCCGUCAAGGGGUUAGGACGGCGGCGAUGACUGAGGUUGAUGUUGUUGAUCCGAAUUCCGGGGUUAGUGUUAAGAGAGAUGGUUUAACCAUGGGUGAAAUUGUACUCAAAGGGAGUUGUGUCAUGUUAGGUUAUCUGAAAAACUCAACCGCUACCGCGAAAUGUAUAAGAGACGGCGGGUGGUUCUAUACCGGAGAUAUGGCGGUUAUGCAUCCAGAUGGGUAUUUAGAGAUUAAAGAUCGAUCAAAAGAUGUAAUCAUAAGUGGGGGAGAGAAUGUGAGCAGUGUGGAGGUUGAAUCAGCUCUUUAUAGUCAUCCGGCGGUGGAUGAAGCGGCAGUUGUGGCUUGUCCAGAUGAGUAUUGGGGUGAAACGCCGUUAGCUUUUGUGACAUUGAAGAAAGGAGCAGUUAGAGUAACGGUAACGGAGAAGGAGAUAUUAGAGUAUUGUAGGGAGAAGUUGGCUCAUUUUAUGGUACCUAAAGUUGUGGUUUUUAGAGAUAAGUUGCCUAAAACAUCGACUGGGAAGAUUCAAAAGUUUACGUUGAAAGAGAUUGUUAAAAGUAUGGGAUAUUCUUCUUCUUCUUCUUCUUCCUCUUCAUAUGGGGUUGGUCGGAGUAGGAUGUAAUGUGUUUUGUUUUGAUUUGGCAGUAUGUUUGGUCGUAUUCGAUCGUCUAUACUAGCUAGCCAGCUGGGUAACAAAUAUAUGUACUGACUUUGUUUUGUCAUGUGUAAUUAAAUUUGCUGAAUGAUCAUAUAUACUCUAGCUAUUUUUCUUGGUAAA